AUGGAUGAAGCUACUAGACGAAAGUAUUGUGGCCUCCUAAUGUUCGAUGUCUCCCCACCCUCCCUUUCUGACAAAUCUAUUAACAAGAUAGAUUCUUCGACACAACUUACGAUCGAUCAUACUACCUCAUUAGAAAAUAGUAGCAUUAGAACCCAAGAUAAUUUCGUUUUUACUUCUUUCUUAGAACCAAUUAGAGUGCGACCACAAAGCCCUCUAAAAAAUAAACCGACCGUAAAUCAUGUCUUGGAUUCAAAUUCGUCGAUAAUGAAUAACGAGGUCGAUAAGGCAACAAACUUAUCCAAUCUUGAAAAGCUGUCUCCAGAAGAUAGAACUCCUCGCCCUCCCAAUGCAUUCAUUUUAUACAGGCGCCACAAACAACCUGAAGUCACUCGUGACUAUGGAAAUAUAUCUAAUGCGAAAAUCUCCAAAAUACUAGCUACCCUUUGGCGAAAUGAGACCGAUGACGUGAAACAUCAUUGGCAAAAGAUGGCUGACAGGAAAAAAAUGGAACAUAUGCUUGCCCAUCCUGGAUAUGAAUGUGAAUCGUCAAUUCCACUACCGGCUCCAAAUCCUAUUGUUUCUCCUCAAGAAUCUAUCAUUUCGAUGGACCCCCCUUCCUUUCCUUAUGACAAUCAAUUUGGAAAUUAUUCGCAAAUUACUCCUCACGAUAUCGAUCUUGGAUAUAAUGUCUAUAGCAUCGAUUAUAACUAUUAUAAUGAUUAUAAUGACUAUAGUUUUAUUGAAACCACCAAUGGAUUUCAAUAUUUGAUCGAUCAGGAUCCUAUAUUUUACCCUUAUGACGUUAAUGCUAAGCUUUAG